UUUAAAAGUGAAUCAAAAAAAUUCGCCGCAGGGCUAUUGGAUAAGGUUGGAUUUAAACGUGGAGACGUUUUGGCUAUCUUUUCACCCAAUCAGGUUGAUUAUCCUGUUGUACUUAUGGGAACAAUUGCUGCAGGAGGCAAAGUAACAUUGGUUAGCUCAAAAUGUACACCAGGUCAACUAUCAUAUCAGCUAGCAGAUUCCAAUUCAUCCAUUCUGAUCGUCCAUCCAGACCUUCUUACGACUGUCAUUUCCGCUUCAAUUAAAGAGGAUUUUCCCAUCUUUUUAUUUGGUAACAAAGAAAUUAAUAGAUAUAAGCCUUUUCGCUCAGAGUUAAUUAAAGAACAUGAAAUCGAACCA